ACCUCAGGUAAUCAACCCACUUCAGCCUCCCAAAGUGGUGGGAUUACAGGUGUGAGCCACCGCACCCAGCCUAUGCUUGAAUCUUUUAUUAGUUGGAGCUGUUAAUAACUUCACCAGGUCAGACAGGUUUGAGUGAUAAGUUUGCUGAUAGGUUUGAUUGCUGCUUCUGAGACCCAGACUCAAAAUCUACGUUUAGCUACAUUAAGAAGGCAACCACUACAGAUAAGUGUCCAAUCCUGAGAUCUCUUAAAACAAUGAUGGAAUCCAAGCCUGUUAGGAAAAUCCUUUUGCUAGAAAUAGAAUCUCCGGUCUCUUUCAUCCUGGUCAUUAGGCCUUGGCUAAAAGGACGACAUUUAACAUUUAUUGUAUGCCAGACUGUGCUAGGCCAUUCCAUAUAAUGUUAUCUUAUUUAAUCCUCAUAAUUUCUCUGAAAUAUUUUGUAUUGUCCCUAUUUAUAAUCCAAGUUGAGUUUUUUAACCUUCCCAGACUUUAUAUCUGCUACCCGUCCAACUAGAAUAGUGUUAUGCCUCCUUUUUGUAUAAUGGAUGCCUACUUAUUCCUCAGAGCUCCUCUCAGAUGUUACUGUUUUAAAGAAGCCUUCCCAGUCCCCUGGGCAUAUUUCCCUAUUACACUAUCAAAGUCUUGAUUCCCUAUUACACUGCACUGAUCAAAGUGCACUGACCUCAAUAGCACAAUUAACUACGUGAUUAGUCAUUUAAUAGCUGUCAUUUCUGCUGAGGUGUAAGCUUCAUGAGCACAUAAAUGUGCCUGUGUCAUUUUUCUAUAUUACUUGCAGUGCCAUGUAUAGUUCCUUGUUUGGUAAAUAAUUAUUGUAUGGUUAUGGCAAAUAAAUUCCAUAAACAGAAGUUGAAUGCUGGUCCACUGUCACUUUAAAAUCUUCCUUUAAAUUAUACAAUAUAUAGGACCUAAGAAGGAAGCAUUUCUUAAUGAAAUUACCCCAGAGGCUCUUCCUGAACCCUAUUUCAGUUCUAGAUUGGCUAAUGAUAAAAGUUAUUCAUUAAUCUUACGUGGUUAGGGUGUGAUCUGAGAUAAAGAACUUGAAGUCUUUUAAGUAGAUAAUCCUUUCAGAGAAGUCUCAUCUUUCUGUGGAGUUGUGUUUGAAGAAAGCUAGUGGGAAAAGUUCCAGGACUACAUGUCCCAUCAGGAAACUACAAGAGGUAGAAACAUUUGUUGAUUUACUAGUGUUUUUAACUUCGUGCUGGGCUGAAAACAGCUUUUGUGGAAAAGCAAAACUUGGCAGCAAACAUCUAAAAUGAAGAGCCCCCAAACUUUUGAGGAACAAACAGAAUGCAUUGUGAACACUCUACUCAUGGACUUCUUGAGCCCAACAUUGCAGGUUGCCAACCGGGACCUAGGCUGUGAAGAUGAAGUAGAUUCAGGAGAGUCGUGCUCUUUUGAUGUAGAAAUCAUCGCUGGUCGCCUUCGGAUGUUGGGUGACCAGUUCAACGGAGAAUUAGAAGCUUCUGCCAAAAGUGUCCUUGCAGAAAUCAUUCAGGGACAGGCAGGAGCUAUGCUUCAGAGUACGGUGGAAUCUGUCAGCAGGACCUGGUGUGGCUCAGAUUCCAGCUUAGUUUAUGAGAGAGCCUUUCUGGCAGUGUCAGUGAAACUUCUUGAGUGUGUGGCUCACAUGGCUCCUGAAGUGGUGAGACAGGUGGCUAACUCCAUGAUGGGUAUGAUCAAUGGGAACAGAGCCAUCCGGGAGUUCAUCCAGGGCCAGGGAGGUUGGGAAAAUCUGGAGAGGUGAAGAGGUGGAGCUAUUCACCGGCCUGAACAUCACUUCCUUGUUUACUGAUUGAUUCCUGGCCAUUCAAACAAACAAAUGAACAAACAAACAAAAAAACCCACUUUUUUCAUUUUAUCAGAACUGAACUUGGCUGAAUAAAUUAUUUUUUACUGAUUGUAAAAGUUGGGAGCAGCUGCCAGAGGCCUACAGAGUUGUUUUUUUUUUUUUUUUUUUUUUUUUGGUUUUGUUUUGUCAACUUAACACAAACCACAGACAGAGAUUUUUUACUUUCUGUUUUCACAUGAGUUUUAAUGAGGUUCUGUUGAAGCAAAUACCUCCAGACACGAAGAAAUGACUUGUUAGUAGUGGAAUUACAAGCAACAGGGCAGGCCUUUGCUGGAGAUAUUUUGAGAGAAAGGGAGAACAAUGGAAAUUAUUCCUUAAGAUUUAGCGCUGUCCUUUGGUAAGAAUCUUGUCCACUAAUUUUGCAAUUUAAAGGAUUUCAGGAAGCUUUUGGGUUGAAAAUCUUAUUUUAAGUUGAAUAUUUUCAUUCAAAAUCAUACCUAAACUUCAUGUUAAUUUCACCUGAGAGGGACUAUUUUAUGCAUUUUAGAGAUUGGAAGGAAAAACAACAA